CGCUCCUUGACUUCAGUGAGGUAGAGAGGUGCGACGCAGCGUGUGACUAAUUCAAGUCAAACUAGUCACUUUUGGAAACGACAAACGCUUAAAUGCUAGUGACAUGUAAAGACAACACUGAAAUGCUGCGAUAUUUUUUUAUUUUCUAAUUACGAGUCAAUUCUAUUCCCCCCCCCCCGCUUUUUUUUUUUUAAAGAAGAAGUUACCGUCCGGGAGCUCUCAACUUUUGCUGCUCUUAUGUGGAUUUUACAGCAAACAUGGAGCAAAUACCCGGUUUCUCCUCCGGAAAGUCACUAGUCCUCAUCCUGGGCUUCGUUCAUCUCUCUCUGGCUCUCCAGUGUGUGGAUGAUAAAGCACCAUGUGUUAACAACGCUACCUGUCUGACCUUUAGCAACGGCACCGGAUACUGCAGAUGUGCACCAGGCUUCCUGGGUGAAUAUUGCCAACAUAAGGAGCCCUGCCAUCCCGGCUUCUGCCUGAAUGGUGGGAAUUGCUCCGUGUCCAUGCUAGCUGGCAUACCUGUACCCGGCAGCGCCACCUGCAUGUGCCCGCUUGGCUUCAUCGGGCAGCAUUGCCACAUUCCUCAGAACUCCACGUGCUACCCCAACAACCCUUGUGCCAACAAGGGCGUCUGCCACUUACUGCCCCUCGACAAAUACACUUGCAACUGUGCCAGAGGAUGGACAGGACCACGCUGUGAGCACGAGGACAGCUGCCUCUCGAGUCCUUGUGGCAACGGUGGAUCGUGCCGCUCUUUGCCAGGCGGUACCUACAAGUGUUACUGCCCUCCUGGUUACACAGGUUUCCGCUGCUUUAAUGACACAAACGAAUGCGGUGCCACACCCUCAAUAUGUCAGAAUGAAGGAGUUUGUGUCAACACCCCUGGCUCCUACAAGUGUACAUGCAGCCCUGGCUUCACUGGCCGACACUGCGAGAGCUCCUACAUCCCCUGCUCUCCUUCACCGUGUCUGAAUGGAGGCACCUGCCACCAGAGCUCUGAAACCAGCUACUCCUGCCACUGCCUUCCAGGAUUCAAUGGGACCAAUUGUGAGAACAACAUUGAUGACUGCCCCGGUCAUCAGUGUGAAAAUGGUGGAACUUGUAUGGAUGGAGUCAACACCUACAACUGUCAGUGCACUCCUGAGUGGACGGGUCAGCACUGCACAGAAGAUGUGGACGAAUGUCGCCUGCAACCCAACACUUGCCAGAACGGUGGUACCUGCAGCAACCUCCCUGGUGGCUACGUGUGUGUGUGCGUCAACGGCUGGAGCGGACCGGACUGCUCAGAAAAUAUUGACGACUGCGCGACGGCGGCCUGCACCCAAGGCUCCACGUGCAUUGAUCGUGUUGCCUCUUUUAUUUGCCUUUGCCCCGAAGGAAAAACAGGUUUACUUUGCCAUAUAGACGACGCCUGUAUCAGCAGCCCGUGUAGGGAGGGCUCCCAAUGUGACACCAACCCCAUCAGUGGCAUGUUUAACUGUAACUGUCCGCCAGGGUAUGUCGGCAGCACCUGCAACGUGGAUAGAGACGAGUGUAGCAUCGGAAGCAACCCCUGCGAGCAUGGUGGUCAGUGUGUCAACACCGACGGCUCCUUUACCUGUAACUGUGUGAGGGGUUAUGCCGGGCCCCGCUGUGAACAGGACGUCAACGAGUGCGCAUCCAACCCUUGCCAGAACGACGGCACUUGUCUGGACCGCAUCGGAGAAUACUCUUGCAUCUGCAUGCCUGGAUUUGAGGGCACUCACUGUGAGACGGAGGUGAAUGAGUGUCUCAGCUCUCCUUGUUUGAACCAGGGGAAAUGUCUGGACCAAGUCAGCCGCUUUGUUUGCGAGUGUCCAGCAGGCUUCAGCGGUGAAACGUGCCAAAUAGAUAUUGAUGAGUGUUCCAGCACGCCCUGUUUAAAUGGAGCCAAGUGCAUCGACCGCCCAAACGGAUAUGACUGUGAAUGUGCUGAAGGCUUCACAGGUUUACUAUGCGAUGAAAAUAUCAACGACUGCCAGCCGGAGCCGUGCCACCACGGCGAGUGUAAGGACGGCAUCACCACCUUCUUCUGUGAGUGCCAGCCGGGAUACAUGGGCUCCAUCUGUAACAUCCAAAUCCAGGAGUGCCACAGCAACCCUUGUCAGAACCGAGGACGCUGCAUUGACCUUGUCAAUGCCUACCAGUGUCAUUGUCCCCCUGGAACUGCAGGUGUGAAUUGUGAGAUCAAUGAAGAUGAUUGUGCCAGCAGCCCGUGCGAGGGCGGAGAGUGCCAGGAUGGCAUAAAUGAGUACAAGUGUGUGUGCGCUCCAGGAUACACAGGAGUCAAGUGUGACGUGAAUAUCAACGAGUGUAACUCCAAUCCGUGCAUGAGUGGGGGCACCUGUAUGGAUGAGAUUAAUGGGUUCCACUGCCUGUGCCCCCCAAGCACCCACGGCCCCCUGUGUCUCACAGGGAUUGACCACUGUGAGCGUCAGCCUUGUGUGCAUGGGCAAUGUAUUGAACAGCAACACGGCUACCACUGCGAGUGUGAAGCCGGUUGGAUAGGACAACACUGCGAGCAGGAAAGGGACGAAUGCCAGCCUAAUCCGUGCCAAAAUGGUGGCUCAUGCUUGGACCGACAUAACGGCUACACCUGCGUGUGCCAACCUGGUUUCAGAGGUUUGAACUGUGAGAAGAACAUAGACGAAUGCGCGUCCAAUCCCUGUUACAACCAAGGCAUUUGUAUCGACCGAGUCAAUGGUUACACUUGUCAGUGUAGUCCACCAUUCAUAGGUAAAAAUUGCAAAGACGAGCUUGUUCCUUGUGCCUCUCAUCCGUGCGAGAGGGGAGGUGUGUGUCGUCCGACUGCAGACUAUACCUCCUACACCUGUCGAUGUCCUGCUGGAUGGCAAGGGCCACGCUGCUCUGAGGAUGUAAAUGAAUGCAAAAAGAAUCCUUGCAGGAACGGCGGUCGCUGUGUGAACAACCCGGGCAGCUACAUGUGUAAAUGUGAGCCUGGAUACAGUGGACAAAACUGUCAGACAGAUGUGGACGAUUGUUCACCCAACCCAUGCUUAAAUGGAGGCUCCUGUGUGGAUGAUGUCGGAGGUUUCGCCUGCGAGUGCCAUCCGGGUUUCGAAGGGGGCCGUUGCGAAAGGGAGAUCAACGAGUGUGCUAGCCAGCCUUGUUGGAACGGAGCCAGCUGCCGGGAUCACGUCAACAGCUUUGUUUGCGAGUGUCGGCCGGGCUUCGACGGAAUCCUGUGCGAACACAACAUCCAGGAAUGCACUGAAAGUUCCUGCCUGAAUAACGGGUCAUGUAUCGAUGACAUCAACACCUUCACAUGCCGAUGCCGCCCGGGCUUCCACGGCACAUUCUGCGAGUUCGAGAAGAACGAAUGCAACUCCCAACCUUGUAAGAAUGGCGGCAUUUGCACCGACGGCCUGGGGACCUACCGCUGCACCUGCCCUGCGGGCUACAGUGGAUACAACUGCCAGAAUUUUGUCAACUUGUGCAGUCGAGUGCGCUGUCACAACGGUGGCUCCUGCUCUCAGUCGGCGACCUCCUGGACCUGCCAUUGUCAGAUGGGAUGGACAGGGCGUUACUGUGACGUGCCCAAUAUGUCUUGCCAGGACUUUGCUGCCAGAAACAGUCUGGAUGUGGAGAAUGUUUGUAAGAAUGCAGGGCGGUGUGUGAAUGUGGGGUACUCCCACCAGUGUCAGUGCCAGCCAGGAUACACAGGCAGCUACUGUGAAGAUAUGGUUGAUGAAUGCCAGUCCAACCCUUGCCGCAAUGGAGCGACGUGCAAGGACUAUCAGAGCACGUAUGAAUGUGUCUGUAAGCCAGGCUACCAGGGGGUGAACUGUCAGUAUGAUGUUGACGAAUGCCACUCGAGGCCCUGUAUGCAUGGAGGAACGUGCAUCAACCUCAUCAACCACUUCACCUGUGCCUGCCCACCUGGAACACAUGGGCUGCAGUGUGAAGUGAACCUGGACGACUGUGCACCCAAGCCUGGCUCCUGGGAGCCCCUUUGUAGGAAUGGGGGACAGUGUGUCGACGGCAUAGGACGCUACGCUUGCUCUUGCCCUCCAGGUUUUGUGGGGGAGCACUGCGAGGGAGAUCUGAACGAGUGCCUGUCUGGGCCUUGCCACGCCCCGGGAAGCCUUGACUGCGUACAACUUAUCAAUGAUUAUCAGUGCCGCUGCCGCUUAGGAUACACGGGUCGUCAUUGUGAGUCCAUGGUGGAUCUGUGUCUGUCCAAGCCGUGUCAUAACACUGCCGUCUGCUCCAUGAACAUGAGUUCAGUCCAUGGCUACACCUGCUCUUGUCCUCCUGGCUUCACUGGCUUCAACUGUGGCGAACUAGAAGGUUAUAGCUGUGCCAAGCUACAAUGCCAGAAUGGCGGCAACUGCGUGGAGCCACCAGUCGGCCAGCUCUACUGCCAGUGCCAGCCAGGCUUUAGCGGGCCACACUGCGAGAACAAGCAGACGUGCUCGAUUCCCUGCCAAAACGGCGGAACCUGCAUUAACGACCCUUCCAACCCUUGCCGCUGCCCCACGCACUUCUCCGGACAAUACUGUGAGAACCAAGUGGCUGUACCACGCACACCUUCCUGCCCUUAUCUACAGUGUGAGCACCAGUCGGGGGAUAAAGUGUGUGACACUCAGUGUAACAACCACGAAUGUCAGUGGGAUGGAGGAGACUGCUCACUGAACUGGAAGAAGCCUUGGGAGAACUGCACCGCCAGCGUUCCUUGCUGGGAUUACUUUAAAAACGGACAUUGCGACAAGGAGUGCGACAACCCCGGCUGCCUCUUUGACAGCUUUGAGUGCCAGGACACCACACAGAGCACCUGCAAGUAUGACAAGUACUGCGCAGACCACUACGGCAACCUCGUCUGCGACAGGAGCUGCAACACAGAGGCCUGUGGCUGGGAUGGCCUGGACUGUGCCAGUGAUACUCCGGCCAAAGUGAUCGAUGGCACUCUUGUCAUCGUGGUUCGACUGCAACCUAAGGAGCUCAUUGAGGACAUGGGUGGUUUUUUGAGGUCCCUGGGAGCUCUGCUACACACCAACCUGAAGGUGAAGCUUGAUGAAAAUAAUGAGCCGAUGGUGUACCCCUUCUACGGGCUGGAGGAUGAACACGGGCGGCGGCUCCAAAGGAGUAGAGGCAAGCGUGAGAUGGAGAGAGAGGUUAUCGGUUCUGUGGUACACCUGCAAAUUGACAACCGGGAAUGUUCCCAAAAAUCCGAAGACUGUUUCUCCAACACCAACGAAGCUGCUUCCUUCAUCGCAGCGGCGCACAUCAAGGCUGACCUGCCUUAUCCUCUCGUGUCUGUUAACAGUGACUUGACGGUGACUCCAACCAAAUUGUUUCCCAUGUACGUGGUUGGAGUUGCGGUUGUUAUCAUUCUGCUUAUUCUGGUGUUGGGGAUGCUCGCGGCCAAGAGGAAGCAUAAACAUGGUCUGCUGUGGCUGCCCGAUGGCUUCAUGGCCAAUAAAAAUGACAAGAGAAGAGAACCUGUUGGGCAAGAUGACUUUGACAUGACAAACUUCAAGGGCCAAGAUGGAGCCAUUGACGGAUGUCAGGGUCCGAGGUGGAUGGACGAUGAGGUUCCAGCAAAGAUUCCAAGGAAUGAAGACAAGCCCUUGCUAUCUAAUUCUUCGGAUGGGGUUGAUCAAAGGGAGUGGACACUGCAACAUCGCAAGGCGGCUGACGUCAUUCUAACUCCACCACAGGCAGACGUGGAUGCAGGCUGUCUGGAUGUCAACGUCAAAGGACCUGAUGGUUUCACGCCGCUGAUGCUGGCUUCUCUGCGCAACGGCGGAGGCCCCGACUGCACGAUGCAUUUAGACAAGGAGGAUGACAGUGGAGAGGACGAACAAGGGCCGAGUGUCAUCUCCGACCUGAUCUCUCAGGGCGCUUCACUCAUGGCCCAGACUGAUCGCACGGGAGAAACGGCGCUCCACCUGGCCGCACGCUAUGCCAGGGCCGACGCUGCCAAAAGGCUGCUGGAUGCUGGUGCUGAUCCCAACGCCCAUGACAACAUGGGCAGAACCCCCCUGCACGCUGCCGUGGCGGCGGAUGCACAGGGAGUUUUUCAGAUUCUAAUUCGCAAUCGUGCAACGGAUCUAGACGCCCGAAUGAAUGAUGGCACCACUCCACUAGUGCUGGCAGCCAGGUUGGCUGUGGAGGGUAUGGUGGAAGAGUUGAUCCACUGCCAUGCUGACAUCAAUGCUGUUGAUGACCACGGCAAGUCCGCUCUUCACUGGGCCGCCGCAGUUAACAACGUGGAAGCUACACUCGUGCUCUUGAAGAAUGGAGCCAACCGUGACAUGCAAGACAAUAAGGAGGAGACCCCACUGUUUCUGGCAGCCAGAGAGGGCAGCUUUGAAGCGGCUCAGGUGCUCCUUGACCACUACUCCAACCGCGACAUCACCGAUCACCUGGAUCGGCUGCCCAGAGACACCGCCCAAGAAAGAAUGCAUCACGACAUCGUCCGCCUACUGGACCAGUACAAUUUGGUUCACAGCCCCCACAACGGGCCCAAUCACAUGGGAGGAAACUCCUCGGUGAUGUGCGGAGCCAACGGAGGCUUCAUCGGCAUGCGUCCUGGGCCGCAGGGGAAAAAGAGCCGCAGGGGCGCCGCAAAGAUGGGAGGUGUCGGUGGGGGAACCAAGGAGCCAAAAGACAUGAAGGCGAAGCGAAGAAAGAAGCCUGCAGGAGGGGAGGGCCCAGCUGCAGGUGCCGGAGCAGGAAAUAGCGGGGUGAAGGCGGCACUUCCAGAAAGCUCCGUCACCAUGUCACCUGUUGACUCCCUGGAAUCCCCGCACUCGUACACGGGCGACGUAUCUUCCGCCACAACCACCACCAACGCCAACUCGCCUCCCCUCCUGAGCAGCCCCAGCACCCGGCCCAUGUUGCCCCCUGUCAGCCACAUGCUGGGCCAGCAGCAGCAAGCCUGGGUGGGCAUGACCAAGCACAGCUACGGCGGCCACAUGUUCGGCCUCGUGCAGCACCAGAUGGGGGGUCCCCACCGCGGCAUGGCCCAGCACCACGGCCCGGGGCCCAUGCUGACCCCCAUGAACGUCACCAUGAGCAGGGAGCAGCUGCCCCCUAUUGUCACCUUCCAGAUGAUGGCGCCCGGGGGGGGACCGGCCAUGCUGAAGAAGUCGCAGCAGGGCCGCGUGCAAGUUACCCAGGCGCAGCCGCAGAACCCCAACGCGGGUCACUCCCAGCAGGGGCCGGGCCACCUCCACUGCAGCCAGGGUAUGCUGUACCAGAUGCCCGAGCAGAUGAGCAUGGCGCACGGCCUCGCCCACUCUAUGCAGCACCCCCACACUGUCACCCACGGGGCACUGGAGGGCCAGCCUCGACCGCUGCAAUCAUAUCCGCCCAUGCAGAGCCCGGUGGAUAAGUACCCCACCCCACCCUCCCAGCACAGCUUCACCCCAGCCGGCUCCGAGGGUACCACCCCUGGCCACUCUGCGCACCCUCCCAGCGAGCAUCCCUAUCUCACCCCCUCUCCAGAAUCUCCCGACCCUUGGUCGUCGUCCUCGCCGCACUCCAACUCGGACUGGUCUGACGUCACCACUAGCCCCACCCCCCUGGGUGCCGCCCACCACGCACUGCCCUCGGCCCACCACACACACAUUCCAGAGCAGGUGCAGCUGCAGGCGCAGUCGCAGCAGCAGCAGGUGCAGCAGCCCUCCCAGCAGCCUGCGCUGGGAAGUAGGCAAGUGUUUGCGUAAGCUGGAAACAGCAAGACAGUGACUUUGGAGUUCUGUGUGCUUUGACACAUAGACACGCCUUUUUUUUGUUCCCCCUCGUAUGUUAGCCUUCUCUCUUUGCACUUAAAGAAACUUGUGUAUAGUUCUUAAAAAUCUCACUGAGCUAGAAAUCAAAUGUCUAUACCAAAAAAAAACAUGGAUGCAAGCUAAAAUGUCAUCUCCUUUUGAAAUCUUAAGUUACAUUUGACUCUUACAAAUAAACUUUAUUGAGGACCUGGCAAGGACAUAAUGCACAGAGAUGGGCAUGUAUGCCUUGAUACUAUUAGUUCCUAUAUGUGCUUUCAUAUGUACUAUUUUGAAACCACUCUGUCCGACCGCUUUAAAGUUCCUUUUGAAAAAUGUUAUCGUCUUCCAUGUAUACAAAGAAAAGUUAUAGAUUAGCUAGAAAUGAAAUGUUACAUGUGCUUCUUUUAUGUUUGUGUUAACCAGUGUCUUUGUGAUAGGUAUUUACUCACCAGAAUGGUCAAAAUUUACAGAGAAAAGCUUAAUUACUUGCAUGAUGAUGCUCGGAUGUUGAUAUUUUAUUUUCUGUUACAAAAAUAAUAAUAGUCGCAAAGCUUGAUGAGGCUUUAUGUAUAAAAAAAAUAAAAUAAUUUACAGGUUUAGCGUGUUAAUACACAGACGCACAGCACAUUCUGCUCGUAAAGUCUUGAGAUUUUACCCGGCAAAAACUUUUGAAAGAGUCAGUUUCUGUUUUUUAUACAAAUAGUGUGCGCACUUCUUGAAUGAUUUUGAAUGUUACAAAAGGUGCCUGUUUUUUUACUGCCUUUUUUUAUGUGUUUUUUCUUCUUCCAAAUUUGUAUAAUCUUUGUUUUUUUGUUUUUUUGCUUAACUACAAUCAUUGUAUCUGCAUCUUUUUUUAAAAGUUGUAUUGAUACAUAAUAAGCCAAGUCUGUAGGCCAGAAUCAAAGUAUUUUGUGACUUUGUUUGACUUAAACACAAACCAACCUAAUUUUCAUUUCUCUCCGCCCCCCAAAAAUGUGCCUUAGCCAGUAAACCGUGACCUCGCUUCUAGCACACAUGCUGUCUUUAAAAACACAAUCUCCUUUGCCAUUUGACAAAAUACAUUGACUUUCUUAUUACUACACAUAAAGCUGGCAAAACUGUGUUUAUAAGCUCCGUAUGUAAAUGUUUCUAUUGUCACGUACAUACCAUAUGAAGUAGUUGUGGCCAUUGUUUUUGUAAGUUAGAACUAAAACUGUUGGAAAAGAAAAUGAUCAACCAAGUUUGUCUUCUGAAAUAAAGCUCAGAUCAUCA